AAAACUGAAUCGCUAUCAACCCCGGGCAAGUGAGCGACCGACUAUUCAAAAAGGUGUUGGGGGUGAUUCGCCGCGAAGCAAGCUUUGAGACGCUUGUGAUACAAAUCCUGCUUCAGUCGCACGACUAUGGCCGUACAAAUCGACUGAUUGUGGCUGACUGCAACCUUCUUCCUUUCGGUAUACUAAGUCCCACUGCUAGCUCCGACUUCCUUGUUGAACUAGGCAUUUUUUAAAUAGUGCGGGAGUUGCCCAUGACGACUGGUGUAAAUGUUGAACGCAACGGGAUGAGCAACUGAUCCUCGUCGUAAAUUUACCAUCAGAUAAGUAAUGCCAUAAAUGAACAACAAUGUGGAGGAUAACAGUGUCAGGUCAACUAUUCAGAAGUGUGUCAUUAUGUAAAGAAAAGUUUCUGUUUGUGACGCGUCUGUGAAUUUCAAACGUGUGCUCCGCUACAGAAGGACGUUCGUAAAGGGACGUCCUUUGAUACGUUCCAGUGACUACGGAACAUGGCGGUAGCAGUGAAUAACGCUACAAUAAUGGAUACCGUUACGUCAUGGUUCGUUGCGUCCGACGGUGACAAGCUCCCAGUCAAGCUCGUUAAUACUGCUAGUCAAAAUCGGCGCAGUUUGCUGCAGGCAGUGGCCAUUUGUGCUGGUGUAUGCUUUUAUAUGUUACUUUUACUAGCAUGGCCGCAUAUUACUAUUGUUAACGAUAGUAAUCGGCCCGCUCAGGUGGACUCACACGGACGGCCUGAAACACUUAGCCUUUCGUUUCUCGACGAGGAUUCCGUAGCGGAGUUUCCACUCCGUGAAGCAAUACCUUUAAACAGUAUCGUAGUGCCAAAAAAGGCGGCAGUGACCAUUUCGAGAAAAGAACAUAUUGUGCAGGCCGCCAAGAAGCUUCAGGUGCCGACCAGUACUGAACCUCUUUCAGAGCCAUUAUUAGCCCUUGAAGAUUUGUUCAUUUCCGUCAAGACGACAAAGAAGUUUCAUCGGGAGAGGCUAGAUGUCAUUCUCAAGACAUGGUUUAGACUCGCAAGAGAUCAGACGUACUUCUUUACGGACGAGGACGACGAAGAAUUUAGCCAAAAAACUUAUAAUCACCUCAUCAACACACGCUGUCCGCCUUCACACAAUCGUCGCGCUCUGUGUUGUAAGAUGGCAGCAGAAUUCGACAGGUAUCUUGAAAGUCGCAAAAAGUGGUGGUGUCAUUUUGACGAUGACAACUACGUGAAUGUGCCCCAAUUAAUCAGGAAUCUACAGGAGUUCGACUAUCGCGAAGAAUGGUACUUGGGCAAAACAUCAAUUAAGGAUCCCCUUGACAUAUCUGGCCCACGUAGCUUUCGUUUGAGUAUGACGGGGUUGUCGGAGGGCCUUGGCCGUGGAGUGACAACAGGGAGACCCGUCUCAUUUUGGUUCGCCACCGGAGGAGCGGGUUUCUGUAUUAGUCAAGCCUUAGCCGUCAGAAUGAAGCCAUUAGCUAGCAAUGGGCGUUUCACAUCAAUAGGUGAUUCGAUCCGUCUUCCUGAUGAUGUAACUAUGGGUUUUGUGGUCGAAGUUCUGCUCGGACGCCGUUUGACAGUGCUCAGCAAUUUCCAUUCCCAUUUAGAAUCUCUCGGAUAUAUCGAAGAAGAAACCUUUCGCAAUCAGAUUUCGUUCAGUUAUUCACGAGCUGGAAAUGUACUCAGUCUGAACGAGGCAUUUGAUCAUCGUCUCGAUCCGACAAGGUUCUUCUCCGUGCACUGUUACCUGUUUCCCCAGUUUGAUGUCUGCCGCCGCAUGAAGCUACAACAGCUUCAACUUGAAAAGCAAAAUGAACGAGCCACCUUCUCGAAUCUCAAAUCCAACUCCCUAGCUGCCAUCGAUGAGACGUCAAUGCACGGGAAAACGACGACAUCAAUGUCAAUAUCGAUAUAGGAGAAUACUGGCCAACCCCUAAGGCGGAUUAUAAAAACAUUUAUGCCGCUCAAAAACCUUUCACGCAGCUUAUAAUACAAUCGUUAGGCAAAAAUUGUCUCCCCUGUAUUUACCAUACGAUUUCAAACGUUCGAGCACCUUCGUUUACUCGUUGCUGUGACGUUGUAAUCCGUGCUCGUCUAUGCCCUAAAAUUGAUCCUCAGACUCUUUGUCCCAUUCCCAGUUGAUUGUUGUUGAUGUUUUUGUUGUUGGCGUCUUUAUAGUUUUUGUUAUUGACUUAGAUUGAUACAAAUUACUGCAAAGGUAAUUUAUAAUAAUAAGAAUAUUAUUAUUAUAUAAUUUAGAGCAAUCGCGUCGUUUGUCGUGUUUCUGUUUAUGACACAAGCGCGGUUUUAUCUAGACACAUGUAUAUAGUGCGUAUUUACUUAAAGGGAGCUAAAAUGCGUUUCAUCGUUAAAGCACAUCUUCAAACAGUAAGAAUUUACCUGAAUCGUACGUUUAUAAAUAGAGUAAAUAAGCUAAGAUAGGGACCCCCUAUAUCUACCACUCCCAGCGACAUCAAAAUCGGCAACCAUUGACUCAUCGCUUGCUAGGAUAAUGGACGCAUACCCCCCUGAUAAUGUCCUGGAUGGUGGUAUUCUACUUCCAAGAUACGACUCAAAAGAGCAGUGAACGUAUUUUUUCGUAUAUUUAAAGCUAUAUUGCAAUAAAACAAUACGACGAAUUGAUUUUGUCCGCAUGAAAGUUUUGUUGAAUUCGACGUCCUGAUGAUUAUGAAACGUCCUGCAAUGUACACAUGUAUAAAUGGAGAAUGUAUAAAAUGUACAGUAAGACAUGUACACGGCGAUUCAGAUAGGCGAUAUGAAAGAAGAACAAGCUAGUAAAACUGAACAUAAUAAAUGCUAACCUCACAACGUACUUUUCGAAAAAAAAACCGCUUGUCACUUAUGCUAUUUUACAGAAACAUGGUGAUAUUUUAUCAGGAAUACUUUCAUUCACUUUGUUAGAUCAUAUUUGAGUUGGUUUAAGAAUACCACCUUGUUGUGCACGUAUCCCGAAUGUGUGAAAAGUAAUUU